AUGUUGUCGCAAAUGUUCCAAAAAGUCGCGACAAAUGCGAAUCGCGACGCGACCCCCGAGGAGAACGAGCGGCUGUUGCCGGUGAUCGACUUUGGGCCGAUGCUGGCCGGUGAGCCUGGCGCACGCGAACUGGUAAUUGAGCAGCUGCGUUCGGCUUGCGAAUACUCGGGCUUCUUUCAAAUUGUCCAUCACAGCAUCUCGCACGAGGUGUUCCGGAACGCGUUCCGCGCAUCCAAGCGCUUCUUUGAGCUGCCGUUCGAGGAGAAGCUUGAGCUGAGCAAGGACAUGUUCAGCAACCGCGGCUACGAGUUGGUGCAGGACUUUGUGUUGGAAGGCGAGGAGACGGCCUUCGACUCGCAGGAGGUGCUCGACGGAUGUGCAGACGAUGACUGGUGCUGCUCCGGCAGCACCAGCAAUCUCGCUGCAACGCCUGCGGCCAGCAUCACCACGACUGGCGCCGUCAACGGCAGUGUGUCGUCGGGUUCGAAUGCAGCAGUGUUCGAGGAUGAGAUUGUGUCGAACGAGUUCCGCGAGAGCUUCUAUUUCGGCAGCGAAAACCUUAGUGCAGAGCGUCUCAUGCGUCCCUUCCAGGGACCCAACAAGUGGCCUCUGCACUCGGGCAACGAUUUCCGACUGAUGCGCCUGCUGGCCGAGUCGCUGGGUCUGAGCGAGCACGCCUUCGACGACUUUUGCUCAGACCCCACAACGGCCAUCCGGUUGCUGCGGUAUCCCCCAGCAGGCGGCCGUGUUGGUGUGAACGACCACCGCGACGCAGCUGCCCUGACCCUCAUGGCCCAGGACGGCGUUGCGGGUCUGCAGAUCUUCGACCCUGAGCUCAACCAAUUUCUGGCCGUGUCGCCGCGGAAGGAUGCGCUGGUCGCCAAUCUCGGAGACAUCAUGACCAUCCUCACAAACCAUCGCUACAAGUCGUCGCUCCACCGUGUGUGCAACACUUCGUCCCAGGACCGGUACACGAUCCCCUUCUUCCUGCAGGGCAACAUCGACUACGUGGUGGCUCCAUUGCCAGAGCUCGGCCCUCCCCAAUCGGAACCGGUGGCCGUUGAGGACCUGCUCCGCGACCACUUUCAAAACAGCUACACGUCGCACACGACCUCGGUGUGCUGA